CUGCACUUUGCAUCAGUUAAAAAAAAACAAAAACCCGUCUCGCAAAAAUGAACCAUCCUCACCCUGGAUUCCUUGCGAAUUACAACAGCCUAACAGACAAGCACCUGGCAGGCUUCUUCAGCAACACCAGGAUUAGACGUCACCUUCAGAGAUCAGGGCUGAUCUCAAGAAGUGGACAAAUAAUAUCGGAGAAGGAAUACCAGCUAAAUGCCAUGAGGAAGGAUCACCAGAAGUAUAUACGGGAAUGUUUGGCUCAGGCCAUAUUCCACAAGGUCCUUGACAUGGAACGUCAUCACCAGGUUGAGAUAAAAAGGAAACAUGAAACUUCUGCCAGAAGAGAACGUGUUCAGAGAAUCAAGGUGGAACGAUCAAGACGGGCAGCAGAAGAUACCCAUCACCUGUUUUCUCCACACCCACCCACUGCACCAAGAAAUCGCUUUGGGCGCCGCAAGCUAGGUGACAGAGGACAAUCAGAUCAUUUGGCUACCUAUCCUCGACCAAGCACUGCACCAGGGAACAUACAGCAUCCAGUCCGUCUGCAGCCACUUUACAGCAAUGCCACAGCAGAAUCUGCACCGAAGACUACUUCAAGUUCCAGACCAAAGUUCCUCCCCCCUGAAAAAGAACAUCAAUAUGCCAGUGGGGGAGAGAAAGGGGUGUUAAAACCUAUGGACUAUUCAGCUGGUAUCUACCGACUUCCUAUCAUUAACAAUUACGUGAUGCCUAUUCCACCACCACCCAAAAGUGAGAAGAACAUCAACACUAUGAAAAGUGGCACGUUGAGAGGUCGACGGUUUCACCCAACAACUGCACCAAAUGGCUUGGAACAAUUGUUAAUGAGGGACACAGGGAAGUUCUAUAAGCCACAAGUACAAAGCAAUGCGUAUGUUACGAUGAUCUAUUUGGGGAAAACUGUGCACCUGUCCUAUGACCUCUUAGACUAUCGAGAGGAAAUAAAAAUAUAUCAACAGCACUGUGGAGGUGAAAAUCUCUGUGUAUACAGAGGCAAACUACUGGAGGGAGAAAAUUUUCAGUUUAUUUCCAAGCGGCAUUAUGGCUUCCCCUUCAGCCUCACAUUUUAUAUCAACGGAAUACAAGUGGAUCGGUUAAGUUCUUGCUGUGAAUAUAAGCAUCGGAAGGGUACUCGACUGGGGGGCAAACAUGGACACUUUGGUUUCGUCAAUGUGGAAAGAUCAGCUCCUUGUUAUAGGUGUAUAAUUUCAAUGGGUCUUGACAAAAAGCCUUCCCCACCUAAGAAAAAAAUGACUGAUGAGGAUGAAGAAAGGAAAGAAGACUCUGGGAAAGAAGAAGGGAGCCGUAAUCUGCACGGGAGCAGCAGCAGUGGAGAGGAAAACAAAGAUUCACAGUUUGCUUCAGCUCCCAAACAAUGGAAAGAAUUUGUGGGAGAUGCCGAAGAAAUGGAAGUGGAGGCAAGAAAAAGAGAAAUUCCAAGAGCCAGUGAUGACUAUGAAAAGAGCCAGAGAAGUACAACUAUAUAUGAUGAAGAUUUUGAAGCAGAUGAAGAGAAAUCAGAUGGGAAAGUUAAUGAAGAAGGACAGGCUGAUGAUCAAAUGAAUAGAAUGUCAAAGUCACCCUCAGAUGAUGAAAAAGAUAAUUUGGACCAUGAAAGGGAGAAUAAAAUCUCAUCACUGAAAACUUUGCGAGCCUCUGACAGUGAGCGAGAUGAAAGUGACGGAUAUGCAGAGAGUGAUUUGGAGGAGGAGAAUAAACAAGACCAGAAGUGUGCACGUUCCCUCUCCCCCAGCAGCACACCAUACAGCACUGAAAACGACUCUGACCGUGAGGCAAGAAAGCAUGGCAGUGAACAAGACAACAGUGACAUACAUUCAGAGUACGAAAGUGAAAGCACAAAGACCGAAAGAGAGGAAGGUCAAGAAACUGAUGUGGAGGAAGAGGAAAACAUGGGCGAAGUGGUCAACAAAGCAAACAGAAAUGUGCCGGGCACCUUUCACAAAAACAAGACGAACCUUCGGGGCGCGAGUCCAGUCAGUGAGGAAGGUGAACUUUUAGACUUGGUAGACAUGAAUGUGAGGGACGACAGGGAGGAGGAUAUGUUAGGGCGUUUUGAAAGCAGCCGUCUAGGAGCGCAGCCCAGAAGCAGGGGACCUUAUGAAGGUGAUGGAAAAUUGGUCAAAGAGAAAAUCGCUGAGGCUAUUGAACAUGAUCAGCUUUUGAGUUCUGAACCUGAACCAAGUGAUUCCAGUACGGAGGAUGAAGAAAACAUACCUGCUGCUCAAAAGAAAUAUGAAGUGCCAGAUGGAGCUUCCUUGGCAGAAGAAUCGAGAGUGCUUGAAUCACAGAAGGUUGUGGAGCAAGUGGAACAGGAGAGACAGAUGGUGGGCAAGGAAAGAGCACUUGCAGAAGAGGAGCUUGCCGAUGAGGAAGGCCCCAAAGAAGCAGCCUUGGAAGAAGAAUUACGAGCCAAAAAUGUAGCGGCUCUUACAGUUAAACAGGCAGUAAAGAAUAAGCUUGCAGCAGAACUAGAGAAAGAAGGAGUAGCAGAAUCAGAUCUGGACAAUGUAGAAAAAGUAGUAACAUAUAAGGAAGACAUGUCAUCUGAGGGACAGGCAAUAGUUGAAGUAGAGGCCAAACAGCCAAAGGAAAUAGCAUUAGAAGAUGUAACUUCUAAGGAAGGGGAGAUACUGGGGAAAUGCCAGUUAGAAGGGGAGGAAAUGGAGAAAUGGACUUUCAUUGGGGAGGCAUCCAAAGGAGAAGAAGGUGACACAGAAGAGGCAGCUGAGGCAUCGAACAUGUUGGGGACUGUAGCAUUAGUGAGAGAGAAGAUUAUGGAAAAAGGAGCACGUGAGGCAAAGGAGGACAUGAAAGAAGUGCUUAAGGCAGAUCAGGCUCUGGGGGCAACAUUUGCUGGAAGGAACACUGUGGGGCAAGGAGAGAAACAUACGGAAGAACCUGAAUCUGAAGGGAGUGCAACUUUGCAAGAGACACAAGAUGAAGCAGAGACUGUGGGAAAUGAUACUGAAACUAUGGAGGGCACAUUUUUGAAGGGAGGUGUGAAGGAGGAAGACUAUGUAAGGAUCCACUGGGAGGAUGCUUCUCUCAUGGAAGCAGAUCAUAUGCCACCAGAGUCAAAAGUGAAAGAGAUAAUAGAUGAUGAAAAAGGAGAUGUUUCAGUUGUGUCAGUAGAUGGUUGCAAAGGUCUCCGAGAAGAGGUUUCAUCUGACAUGGAGGAAAUAGUCCAAGAAGUUUCAGGCACGUGGAGGGAAGAGUUCAAAAAAACAUCUCUAGGAGUGAAUGAGAUGAAAAAAACAUCUACAGAAGAAGAUUCAGCACUAGAGAAACUAGAGCCUUGGCUGGGUGAAUCCCUAUUGGGCCGUGAGACCAAGGAGGUCAUUUCAGCAACAGAAGAUGAAAAUCUGAAAUUCCAGGGAGCAAGAGUAAGCACUGAGGAAGAGGGGUCAGCAGGAGUCAAACCAAGUUCAAAAAGAGAGGCAGAAGGAGAGGCAAUACCCAACGGCAUGGUGGUGAAUGUCAAAGGAGCACAGGAGGAAGAGGCUCUAGUGCAAGAGGUGGAUGAGGAAGGUGGAGGGACAGAAGAGAUGCUGAGAUCUGGAGUAGCCAUCCUGAAACAAAAGUUGAGAUUGGAGAAAAAAGUAGCGAUAGAUCAUGACCCAGAAGCUAUGGCAUUGGCGAUGGAAGGGGCAAGAAGGGAGGCAAAGGCAGAAGGAGAAGGCGGUGCUGAAGAAGCAGAGGAAGAGAGGAAAGUCACUGUUAAAAAAGGGGCAGAGGCUGAAGAUACAGAGGUUACGGCAUUGGUGACUGAAGAAGCAAGAAGGAAGGCAGAGGCAGAAGGAGACGUCUGUGCUGCAGAGGCAGAGAGAAAGGUAGCAGUGAAAAGAGAGGCAAAGGCUGGAGAUGCAGAGGCAGAGGAAGAAGGGGUGUUUGUGGAUGUGGGAGAUGAGAGAGAAACAGCCCCUGGGAUGACCAUCGUGGGAAGGCAAAGGGUAGCUGAUAUGAGAGAGGCCAAGCACCUCUCUGAACUGUCCGCACAAAAGGCAGCAUUAGCAGGAGGAGGAAGGGAGAGUGAAGCAAGCCUCCAAGACGAAGCAGAGAAAAUGCCCAAAGAGACUACAGUGGGGAAAACACGGCUUGACCUGAAGAUGAAGAAGGAAGAGGCAAGUGAUGAAGAGGAGGGGGACGAGGAGGGGGACGAGGAGGAGUCCGAGACGGAAGAACCAGUGAUCACACUGGCAGAUGUGGAGGAAGCACUGUUGAUGGGGAUACAACAGUUGAUUACAGAAGUAUCCCGGAUGAAGGAAGAAGUGGAAGAGAAGGAAGAAGAGCUCGAAGCAGAAGACUCAGCAGAGGAAAUUCAAAUGCCAUCUCAUGAAGAGGAUGUUGUGAGAACAGAAUUUUUUGCAGCUGUAGUAGAAAAAAAAAGCUGGGCUGCUCAGAGUGACGAAGCUGAGGAAAGAGGAACUGGAGAGCCUGUGGAAAGAGACCAUAUGGAGGAAAAAUAUGGAACCAAACACAGAAAAACAGGACAGGAGGAGUCUCCAGUUGAAAAUAUGGCAGGAACAGAAGCCAAUCCAAGGAGUGGACAGCAGCCUGAAAGAGAGCAGCAGCUAAAGAUCACUGCACAAAUGAUUAGCCUCAAAUCUUCUCGAUCAUCUGACUGA